UUUGCUUGUUCUGAUACCAAAUCUUUUCAUUUCAUUAAUUUGGUAUCUUCCUUCAAUAUUUCAACUUUAUUCAUUCAUUUUUACAACGAAAGAAGAAAAAUUUAGAAUAAGAAUUUAUUUAUUUAUAUUAUCGCCUAUUAUAAUCAUUUUAUACAUUCCAUGUUGUGUAAUAACGUUUAUUGCGUAUAUAAUAUUUAUCACUAUAAUAAAUCCAAUAGUAACAAUUGCACGAAGACCGGAAUAUCCAUUUUAUUUAAUAUCAUCUACGGCGGCAAUUGCACGAUUAAUUUAUCAACAAUUUUGCGAGCAUUCUGAUGAUAAAAAUUUAUUAAUAGAUUCUUUAAUAUUUAAACCUAUCAAUGAUUCUAUAGAAUUUUCAAAGGAGUGUUGGAAUUUUCAUUCCUCCAAAUUUCCAAAGAAAAAA